GCGCUAUACCACGCUGUCACCCUGCCCCACCCCCCAGCUGAGUCAACAUUUUUUGGAAAGCUAAGUUACGGUCCCGCAAAAUUCUUUAACUUGCAGACAAUACAUACCCAGGUUCCUAGGAAUGUGGCUCGAUUGAUCAAUUUACAAAACCUGGCUUAAGUAGCGGACACAUCGGUGGUUCUCCGAGCCUGUCCCGGGAAGGUUGCAUAUCUUUCAACAUCCACUCUAGAAUCAACUGAGUGCGAUCCGAGAAUGGAGAACUUUUGACUUGGACUAAGCUCAGAUAAGGAAUCCAAGAAUCAAGAUGUCCCAGGAUAACCUCAAAGCUCUCGCUACGGGUGCUAUCGGUCUGGUUCUUGUAUCUCUUCUCACUCUUCCUGCAGUGAUUGCCAUUACGUCGCGCUGCCGACGAGCCAAAUAUGAGUCACAGCUAUUAUACGAAGACAAAGAUGGAAUUGCAACUCAAGAGUCGAUGGCCGCCUAUUCAGCAACGGCCCCGAAGAUUGUAACGUUUAUCAGCAUGUUUAUUGGAUUUGCAACUGCCUCCUCUUUAGCUGUUUUGACCCCUUCUGAUCGAAAUCAAGACCUCGCCUUCAUUGCACUUUGGAUAAAUGUUGCUCAAUGGAUUCUACUUUUGAUCCAAACACUCUCGAUCGGUAUCAUCCGAAACCCUACUAAAAGCUACUCAUUAGGGCUGUACAUUGGGUUGUCAUGCAUAUUAUUAUUUGUCGUCCUUAUUUUCCAGGAUGCUCUACUCGUACAGAAGCAAUUCUAUGGUGAGUCUAGACGGUUAUUUUUAACACAGAUUGCCCUACGGGUUUCUCAACUUGUGGCGGUGAUUUCUGCUGGUAUCGCUAGUAUCUCUUUGCCUCGAAGACCGCAAGUCUUCUAUAAUGGCCAUCCAGUGGACAGCAUGUUUACUGGGUCUGCCAUGGAGAGAUUCAAUUUUGUCUGGGUUCAAAGCUUGUUGAUGCUUGCGAAGAAGACGCGGCAUCUAGAUCUACAGGAUCUGCCCAAAAUGGAUCAUCAUACUCGUUCGAAAGAUCUAAGUGAAUCUUGGGCGGAAAGAGUUCAUUCACGAAAACUCUGGAUCGAAAUCGUUCUCGCCCACAAGUGGCCAUUAUUUACACAGUGGUCACUCACGCUAGUUCAAGCAUUUGGCAAUUUUGCUCCUCAAUUCGUCACAUUUCACCUCCUAAAGAUUCUAGAACAAAGAAGUAUUGCUGAGCCAGCCCCUUCUGAAGCUUGGGUAUGGGUCUUUAUCCUCACAGUUUCAAGUGUCGCUUCGGCGUGGAUUGAAACGUGGAUGUUCUGGGUAUCUUGGUCCGAGCUUGCUAUUCCAAUUCGUGCUCAACUCUCGGCUCUCAUAUUCCAAAAAGCUAUGCGGCGCAAAGAUGUAAAGGGGGCGUCAAAAGCACUUAAAACAGAGAGUGGAGAGAAUGAAAAUUCUACCGAGGCCACUCUUGGGAAUUCUGCAAAUGGAGACAAUUCUAAAGUUGAGGGAGAUCAAGAGGAUAACGACCCGAAGGGAAAGCAGUCAACAGUUAAUCUCAUUGGUAUCGAUACGAAACGGGUAUCCGACUUUUGCUCUUUCAACAAUAUCUUUCCAGGCAGUCUGUUCAAAUUGAUUGUCUCAUUUACCUUCCUGUGGUCGAUCAUUGGAUGGAAAGCUUUGAUUGCCGGGUUUCUAGCAAUGGCUUUUACAGUCCCUCUUAAUAUAUAUAUUAGCAAACGCUACUCAGCUGCUCAAGAUCGACUCAUGAAGGCUCGUGACGCAAAGAUGGCCGUGGUGACUGAAGCUCUACAGGGGAUUCGACAGAUUAAGUUUUCUGCGCUUGAAGAAAACUGGCACAACUUUAUUGGUAAAGUUCGAGCCAAAGAACUGGCAGAGCAAUGGAGUGUCUAUGUUGCUGAAACGUUCUUAAUUUUCUGUUGGAUUGCAAGCCCAAUUCUGCUCUCUGCAACGUCGCUUGCCGUCUACGCUCUCUUGAACGGCACUCUUACUCCAUCCGUUGCUUUUACUGCAAUUGGAGUGUUUUCAAAUCUGGAAAUGACCUUGUCGGUAAUUCCAGAGCUAACUACGGAUCUCAUAGACGCGUAUAUCUCCAUGGGACGAAUUGAAAGAUAUCUAAAUUCACCUGAGAUCUCUGCUUAUACGAGCGAUGCUCCCAACAUUUCGUUCGAGAAUGCUUCAAUCACUUGGCCAUCAGAUGAGGAAGAACAAGCAAAUGACCAAAGAUAUGUUUUGAGAGACCUAAAUGUCUCUUUCCCAAAGGCUGAGCUUAGCGUAGUCAGUGGAAAGACGGGAACUGGCAAGAGUCUCAUGCUGGCAGCGAUUCUAGGAGAAGUAGACGUCUUAUCUGGCAAGGUCAAUGUUCCACAUUCGCCAACUACUCAAGAGCGACACGACCACCUAGCUACAAGAGCCAACUGGAUCAUACCUUCCUCAAUUGCAUUCGUCGCCCAAAUCCCCUGGAUCGAAAACGCCACUAUCAAGGACAAUAUCCUAUUCGGCCUUCCCUUCGACGAGCAACGGUACAAGCAAGUCAUCGAAGUGUGCGCGUUACGAAAAGAUCUAGAUAUGCUCACUGAUGGAGAGUACACUGAAAUAGGCGCCAAUGGUAUCAAUUUGAGCGGUGGCCAACGAUGGAGAGUCACCUUUGCUAGGGCGUUGUAUUCUCGAGCUGGAAUAUUAAUUUUGGAUGACAUCUUGAGUGCUGUCGACGCUCAUGUAGGAAAACACAUUUUCGAAAAAGGCCUUAUGGGAGAUCUCGGGGUCGGUCGGACUCGAAUUCUUGUUACCCAUCACGUUGCUCUGGUUAAAUCAAAGGCAAAAUACUUGGUAGAACUGGGAAGCGGUACCAUUGAGCAUGCUGGGCUGGUGGACGAAUUGGAAGCUACCACCUUGGACGAGAUUAUCCACCACCAAGAAAGUGAGCACGAGAUUCGGCAGGAUGAAGGUCUCACCGAGGAAUCAUCUGAUGGCGAGAAUAUGGAGGAGCUGAAGAAAGUGAAUUCGAAAUUAGCCCCGAGAAAGUUUGUAGAAGAGGAAGCGAGAGAACAAGGAAGGGUGAAAGGCAGAAUCUACAUGGCUUACCUGAAUGCUGCUGGUGGGUUGCCUUUCUGGUUAGUAGCCGUCGUCGCAUUCUCUGUCUUGCAAUGCCUCGUAACUGGUCGCUCCUGGUGGCUCAAGGUAUGGACUGGUGCGGAAGAGAAAGAAUCCAUGACACAGCUCAGCUACGCCCUUCACUCACAAACAUUCAUGUCCUCUAUUCCGCCAAAUUCUACGACGCUCGCAGGUCCGGAUCAGAGACACACACUCGGUUUUUACUUAGGUAUCUACGUUGCCUUCUCUGCUGUUUCGGCUAUUCUCGGAACGUUACGAUAUUUCUACAUCUAUACUGGGUGUAUUCGUGCUUCUCGAGUUCUCUUCGACAAAAUGUGUUACGCCGUUCUUCGGACACCGCUAAGAUGGGUUGAUACGGUACCACUAGGUCGGAUCUUGAAUCGCUUUACUUCAGAUUUCAACGUCAUCGACGCUCGCCUAUCAAACGAUUUUACGGGUGAAAUGAGGGAUCUAUUUCAGUUUUUUGGAAUAAUUGCUGCUGGGCUUUUUGUUUCCCCGUACGUUAUGCUGCUCUCGAUUGCCUUACUCUCCGUUUGUAUCUGGAUAGCGUCUAUCUAUCUAUACGGAGCCCGCGAAGUCAAACGUCUCGAGUCCAACGCUAAAUCACCUGUCUUCGAGCAAUUUGGCUCUGCUCUCACAGGUGUUAGUACUAUUAGAGCUUUCUCGAAAACAGACACAUACAUCAAGCGCAUGUUCGAGAAGAUCGACAACCACAGCACCACCUUCUGGUAUCUUUGGGCCUUCCAUCGUUGGAUGGGGUGGCGCAUGACACUUGUUGGUAGCUUCUUUGCGACUAUCGUUGCAGCUAUCAUCCUACUCCUUCCCAAUGUGGAUGCAUCACUCGCAGGUUUCGCGUUAUCCUUUGCCUUGAACUACAGCACGACUAUUAUCUGGAUAAUCAGACACUACGCAAAUUUAGAAUUAGACAUGAACGCUACCGAACGCAUCAUUGAGUACUCCAGCCUCAAGAUCGAACCCCAGGAUGGCGCCGAUCCACCGGCCGCCUGGCCGAGUGAAGGACGACUCGAAGUCAACGACCUUGUUGUGGCCUAUGCACCAGACCUCCCACCAGUUCUAAAAGGGAUCACUUUCCACGUCGAACGUAACCAACGCAUUGGGGUAGUUGGUCGUACGGGAGCCGGCAAAUCAUCUCUCACGCUGGCACUCUUCCGGUUCCUCGAAGCCAGUCAAGGAAGUAUCCACAUCGAUGGACUCGACAUCUCCAAAAUAAAGCUACACUCACUUCGAUCUCGCCUUGCAAUCAUUCCUCAAGACCCAGUUCUGUUUUCCGGGACUGUGAGAUCGAACCUCGACGCUUUUGACAAACACACCGAUUCUGAACUGCAUGACGUCCUCGAGCGCGUGCACCUCGUCACUCCAAACACGGAAUCCUCAGAACCGGCGGCCGGUUUAGCUAGUGAGAAUACAAGCCAAUCAGCAAACGAAAAUGUCAAUCCCUUCCGAUCUCUGAGCUCUCCAGUCACGGAAGGUGGACUCAACCUCUCGCAGGGCCAACGUCAGCUUCUCUGCCUCGCUCGCGCCAUUGUGUCACGUCCGAAAGUUGUGGUCUUAGAUGAAGCCACGAGUGCGGUUGAUAUGGCGACUGAUAUGCUGAUCCAGAGGAGUAUUCGGGAUGAGUUUGGCGAUAGUACACUCAUCGUCAUAGCACAUCGGUUGAGUACAAUUAGUGACUUUGAUAAGAUUCUCGUCUUGGACGAUGGACAGGUUGCGGAAUUUGGAACACCUAGGGAAUUGAUGGGUAUAGAAAAGGGCGUGUUUAAGGCUAUGGUGAAAGACAGUGGCGAGAGAGAGAAAUUGGAGAAAAUCAUCUUAGGUUGAGGCCUGGAUGUGGAGCAUAUUGGCGAAGUUCGAAAUUAAGUCAUACAACUACACUCAUUCUAAAAUUAUGACAAAAUAAGCAUGUUAUAUCAAAAGACUAUUGAAUUAUACUAUUUGAUUACUGUAUAAAGAUAAAUGACACAUUCUUUUUGGCGCG